UCUGACCGCGCUGGGGACAGCGUUUGUACGACCCCAGUCCAUUGCUAGAUGGUUUGCGUUAUACCUCAGACAAUUAUCCAUUGUUUUGAGCUUUAGACCUUCACGAGAGAUAAGAAUGACGUCAGCAAUAACCUACUUUGGGGAUAAUUGAGAUGCAAACUCGUUCGCGACACCAUGUCAAUGCGCAGAUGAUAAAGAGACGGAUUAUUUCGGAGUCGAUGUUUGGUGGAUAUUUUCGAUUGCUUUUUGUUUUAUCGUUUGGAGUCAGUACUAUGAGGAAUUAUCGGACAACUAUGAGGGGGUGUUUUCUCCUUAUUUCCCUCUCCCUAUUCGGGCUAGCCAUCGCAGCUGUUCGUUAUGAUAACUAUAAAGUCCUUCGUAUCUCACCUCAGACUGAAGCGGAUCUCUUAUGGGUUAACACAUUAGCAGAAGUAUGGGAAAACAGGGUUGAUAUAUGGAAGCACCCUCGACAGGUCGGUAGUCCUGUUGACGUCAUGGUAGCCCCUCACUGGCAGACUGAGUUUUUCGAUGUCCUCAAUGAUCAAGGGAUAAAAUAUAGCGAAAUGGUGAGUACUAUUAGCUAG